UCCCGCUGCCGGCCUCCCGCUCCCCGCGCCCAUGGCGCUGCUGCGACGUCCCGCCAUCCCCAGAGGGGCUGAGAAUGCAGUGAAUGAACUGAACUGUAAAGCCAAGAUGCAGGUGACUGGCAAAAGGGCUGCUUUGGAAGAAAUAGGAAACAAAGUUUCAACACGAGGGACCCAUGUAUCUAAGAAAACAGAACACUUAAAGCCACCUAUAAAGCAUACAAAAGGUCCUAGUAAGAUGAUAAAAUCAGUUGCACUGCCCAAACCACCAGCUGUUGUGAAUCAAGUUUCCAAACAAACAGGUGCUCCAAAGGUUUUGUCUCCCAUUCCAAUGGAUGUGUCUAUGCAAGAAGAGGAUUUGUGCCAAGCCUUCUCUGACGUUUUGCUCAACAACGUAGAAGACAUUGAUGCUGAGGACUGGGAGAACCCCCAGCUUUGUAGCGACUAUGUGAAGGACAUUUAUCUUUACCUGAGACAGCUCGAGCUGCAGCAGUCGGUGCGGCCCCGUUACCUUGACGGGCAGGCGAUCAACGGGCGCAUGCGCGCGAUUCUAGUCGACUGGCUCGUCCAGGUGCACUCGAGGUUCCAGCUCUUGCAGGAGACGCUGUAUAUGUGCGUUGCAGUUAUGGAUCGCUUCUUACAAAGCCAUCCAGUACCCCGUAAGAGGCUUCAGCUGGUGGGUGUAACAGCACUACUUCUUGCUUCCAAAUAUGAAGAGAUGUUCUCUCCUGAUGUAGCAGACUUUGUUUACAUUACUGACAAUGCCUACACUGGUGAUGAAGUCAGAGAAAUGGAAAUGGUGAUUCUCAGAGAGCUGAACUUUGAUUUGGGGCGUCCUCUUCCACUUCACUUCCUAAGAAGAGCAUCAAAAGCUGGUGAGGCUGAUGCUGAGCAACACACACUAGCAAAAUACCUCAUGGAGCUGACCCUGGUGGAUUAUGACAUGGUGCAGUACCAUCCUUCAGAGAUCGCAGCUGCUGCAUUAUGUUUGUCACAAAAGAUUCUGGGACAUAACAAAUGGGGAACAAAGCAGCAGUACUAUACUGGCUAUACAGAAGACAGUCUUGUGAUGACUAUGAAACACAUGGCCAAGAAUGUUGUCAAAGUAAAUGAGAAUUUAACAAAAUACACUGCUAUAAAGAACAAGUAUGCAAGUAGCAAACUCCUGCUGAUCAGCACAAUCCCGCAACUGAACUGCAAGAUGAUCAAGGACCUCGCUUCAUCACUCCUAUGAUAUCUCUGUGCAGGCGAGUCCUCAUGAUCCGUGCACUUUGUCCUCACCUGCCUCUUAGGGCAAACAUGCUGCUCUUUGUACAUAGCCUUUCAGCC